CAUGCUUUACUUCAGACCAGUUGCUGAAUGGAACACAAGCGAAGCCGCAGCGUCUUUCUUUCUCUCUCUGUCUCAAUGAGAACACACUCGCAUCAGUCCAUUAUUUUGCACGGAUUUACACCAGAGGAACAUUUUCCUGGAUUAUACCGAAUUAGAUAUCAAAUCUGGAUUACCGGAUCACAUAAAUUGAAGGCUGAAACCCAGGACUGCGUUGUGUUUCGAGCUCAAACUCCGCACGUUUCUUCACUUUUUAUUUACAGUGUGCUGAAAAUAUGAGAGACUCAUCACUCCUUGGCUUCGUUCGCUCCUGAGAAGUGAUCCAAGGCGCGUGGAGAGGAAACGGAGCCAUGAGUCGCGCGCUCACUGAGCCCGUGACCACCAGCUUCCGGGAAGACGCGCCCCGUCCACCGGUACCGGGAGAAGAGGGUGAAGAGGACGCGCCGUCUUCGUUGUCGUUGCGUCGUGAUCCGUCCGCGUAUAUGAAAAUCAAGAACGCGGUGAAAACGCCGCGCGCGCCGCGUAGAGAUGAGGAUGGCCUGGGUGAGCCGGAAGGGAGCGCGUCCCCAGACUCGCCGCUCGCACGGUGGACCAAGUCCCUGCGCUCACUGCUGGCCGACCAGGACGGCGCGCACCUGUUCCGGACUUUCCUGGAGCGCGAGCGUUGCGAGGAUGCGCUUGACUUUUGGUUUGCCUGCAACGGCUUUCGGCAGAUGGACCUGCAGGACGCUAAGACGCGCCGAGUGGCGCGAGCAAUAUACAAGCGCUAUGUGGAGGGUCGCGGCGUGGUGGCCGAGCACCUGCGAGCGGCGACGCGCGCGUGCAUUCGAGAGAGUGUCAAGAAGCAGCGGAUCGAACUGCGCAUGUUCGACCAGGCCCAGACUGAGAUUGAGGGCGGCCUGGAGGACAGCGCCUACCGCGCCUUUCUCACCUCGGACAUCUACCUGGACUACGUGCGCUCCGGCGGCGAGAACGCGGCGUGCGCCGGCCACGCCCACGCGCAUGGCGGCCUGGCGAGCCUCGAGCUCGUGUGCGGCUACCUGCCGCCGCUAAUCGAGGACAAGGAGUGGAGCUGCGGCGAGCUAAAGGCCAAAGCGCUGGCAGCUGUGGUCGGGCUUUCUGCUGAGACGCUGCGCGCCACCAUGACGCUGCGCACGGCAGACUGCAGGGCUCAGAAACGAGGAGACCCGGCCAGUCCGUAUUUCGUGAACUCUGGUCACGUGGUAGCUCCAGCCAGCAGCGCUAAUGACAGCGAGGUGUCCAGCGACGCCACCACUGAUGACUCCAUGUCCAUGACUGACAGCAGUGUCGACGGGAUACCACCGUACAAGCUGGGCACGAAGAAACAGCUACAGCGGGAGAUGCACCGGAGUGUCAAGAUCAACGGACAAGUUUCACUCCCCCACUUUCCCAGGACCCAGCGAUUGCCGAGAGAGAUGGCUCCGGUGAAGCCGUCUGCAUUCGCUGCAGAGUUGAUUGCCCGUCUGGAGAAACUGAAGCAUGAGCAGGACACUCUCAGCUCCCUGGAGGAAAGAUUGCAGCAGAUACAGGAGGAAGAAGAACGAGAUGACAGUGAAUUAGCUGUAGUCAUCCCACAGCAGCCUCCUGCCUCUCUCAACCUCAUCUCUUCGGGAAUGUGCGACGAAGACCCUCAAGCCAUCCUGGAUGAACACUUAUCGAGAGUCCUAAAAACCCCAGGGUGCCAGUCUCCUGGCGUACCAGGCUACUCGCCUCGCUCUCGUUCUCCAGACCAUCACCAUCAGCAAGGUUCCUCCCCCAGUCUCUUACCUAGCAUGCACUGUUCUAUCCCAUCUAAGACACCUAUGAUGACUACCCAGCCCUCCACCAAGCACAUCCAUCACCACUACAUCCACCACCACCACACGGCUUCACCCAAGAGCAGGGAGGAGAUGGAGGUUGAGGCCGCGCACCGUGUGGCGCAGUGUUUAGGCUCAUCCGGGUCAGAUUACUGUUACCCAAGGUGCCACAACAAUGCUGAUUUUCAACAAGGACGUCCCAGCACAUUAUCUAAGCGUCCUAGUAAUAUUAGUGAUGGAAUGAGUGGUUGCAAGUCAAGCGAGGAGGAAAGCAACUCACCUCUGCUCCCCACAGACGGUCUGGUCCGAUCUCACAAUGUGUGGCAGUGGAUCUUGGAAAGCGAGAGGCAGAACAAGCACAAACCUCACAGUUCUCAAGGCCUGAAGAAGAUGCACCCAAGCGACUUGUCCUCAAAGACACCCUUAUGGGGUGGUGGAGGAGUAGGUGGUCAUGCUCGAGCACAUCAUCCAGGUCACCCGUUCAUUCAGGAUCCCACUAUGCCACCUCUAUCCCCACCCAAUACCCUCACCCAGCUUGAAGAAGCCUGCCGAAGACUGGAAGAAGCCUCCAAGCCCACUAAACAAAGACACUCAGCCUCCAGCCUGCAGAGAGAGAGAGUGCAUCCUUCACUUUUCACCAACAGCAGCUCGACUCUUAUCAACCCUGCCCUGCAGAUGGAUGAGUGGAAAGAGCAACGGCGGCUGAGUGCUGGACACUCCAUCACCCACUCUGGCACGGAGCUGGUGGUCACCUACUUCUUCUGCGGCGAGGAGAUCCCGUACCGCAGACUCAUGAAGACCCACAGCCUCACUCUCGGCCAUUUCAAAGAACAACUCCGCAAGAAAGGCAACUACAGGUACUACUUUAAGAAGGCGAGUGAUGAGUUUGAGUGCGGUGCUGUGUUCGAGGAGAUCUGGGAGGAUGGCACGGUGUUGCCCAUGUACGAAGGAAAGAUCCUGGGUAAAGUCGAGCGCAUGGACUGAGCACAUCCAGCCACCCAAUUACUGUACGCCUUUUAACAGUUACCAAGCGCUGGGAUAAUAAACGAACUUCCAUUAUCCAAACCCGCUGCCACCAGGAACUUCACAUACACGGCUAGACGUUUAUCAGACAAGAGGCAAGACAGACUCCUUUGGCACAAAGCAACCUUUUUAAUGCUACCUAGAGUUAAUAUAUUUGGAAAAAAAAAAGCAGAGCAACUAGGACAUGAUGAAGCAAUUGAAGGAACUAUAACAACCAAUGAAGAGGAACAGAGAAUACCAUUUACUUUUCCUAACCACACCGCCUUAGAAAACAAUUUUGAGCUGUUGCUCUGAGAUAAAACCAUUGAAGGUGCAGAUUUGUUCACUACGCCACAGCAAAUGGAUAGAGCCUACAGUGCAUCAUCUGCUUUAUCUAUUGAACUCUGAAAUGUCUAUACAUGCAUAUAUACAUACACAUCUAUGUGUAUAUAUACAUGUGUCCUUGGAAGAUGUUUUUAUUAUCCUUUUUUUUAUUGCUAUUGAGUAUUUAUUGAUCUAUAAUAUCCCAAUUUUCCUGAAUCUAACGUCCACAGAAAGGACACGCUGCUUGAAACCGUUGUUUCAGUUCCUUUUUUUAGUAAUGCAACACACACACACACACACACACACACACACACACCUCCUGCUCAUCUUAAAACACUUUUCAGAUUACUUUGCUGCAGCUAAUGCUGCCUGUGCAGUUACUACUUCUUUAAAAUUUCAUUAUUAUACAUUUUUUAGGGUCUCAAUGCCACUAAAUUUUCAGAAGAUCAGCAAAUCACUGUUGUAGCUCUAACUUUUAGCUGCUGAAUUUCCCAGAACCCAUUUUCCCGCCUCUAUUAAAUAACCAGGCUUUUGACUGAAAAAUCUUUAAGAUUAUAUCACAAGUCUACAAUUGAGGGAAUUUCACAACUGAAAUCAUAGACAUUUUUAAGGUCGUUGAUUACAGAAAACUUGUGUUGCCUUUGUUUGUUGGUGUGGAGGAAUUUAUUUUUCUGUCAAAAGGAAUCAUCAUAAUAAGUGUAUAUUAAGGUGUAAUUGUACACCUCUUUCACAAGCGCAAUCCUAAUUAAAUAUUAAUUCUAUAAUUAGAAAUCACAAUUAACAUAAAAAUUUUAUGUACGUUUCCAUUUACAAAUUGUUGCCUAGGAACAUCACAGAACUACAAUUCUGGGAUCGUUACUAAUAGCAAGCUUCAAAUGACGUAGAACCCACUUGUGGACCUAUAAAAUUGGCAGCAUUGACGGUGCUGCAGUUACGAUACGGAUCAUGAUAUCUAUAUUACUGCUACACAUAGCUGUCCGAGCACAAACCGAACAAUGUGAAUAAAACUAAUGAAAAGUAACAAAUAGUUUUGCAAUUGUAAUUUUAUGUAUUAUGACGAUUCCUCUACAUAUGAUUACUUUUGUCAGGAAAUGAAUUCUAUACACUGCAAAGAUUUAAGCCACAUCACAGCUCAUAAUCACACAUUACAUUCAGUACACAUUUUAAAAAGAUCCUCUCAUAGGACUAUAUUUUAGAAUAAUCCAUUGCGACGGGGGUGGAUUUUCCAUUGCGACGGGGAUUGCGUCACUAAAGUUUAUUUGAUAUCAGUGCAGCACCUGUGCCUACAUGGACCAUACCAUGUGCUACCCUGUUUCAGGGUGUUAUAUUCCCUUGGUUUUUAGAGGGGCUUUAAGUUUUGAAACACUUUGUAAGCUUUUAAUAUCAUUUUACUUUGUUUUGUUUACUUCAUUUUAUCAAAUCUGUAAAUUAUACAUUAUACAAAGAGUUUUCAGUUAAAUAUUUUACU